AUGGCGUCUUCCUCCUCGGCUGCGUCGUUGUUCGCGACAGAGUGCCUUCUUUACUCGACCGCAUCCUCAUCAACUCUUGUGGGAUCCAUGGGCCUCACAACAGUCGCAGCUCCUUCUUCCACCUCGGCACUUUUCACGUUCAAAGGUGUCUCGGAUCCAGCGUUUCACUCUGUCACGGUAAUUCCUACUUCGCCAAACCCGGCCAUCUCUGGCACUGGUGGUCUCAUCUUUCAGCUCGAGAGCAACAAGGCCGCGCUCAACAUUUUCUCAUGGCAGCGAGAUCAUCUCUUGCAACGCAUCAUUCUUCCUUCCAAACUCUCGUGCAUCGCCUGCUCUCCCAACGGCGACCUCGUAGCCGGUGGUUCGUUUGACGGUCGCAUCUUACUCUGGCAGAUAGCCACGGGAGACCUGCUUGCCUCCUUUGACGCUCACUAUCGCUCAGUCACAGUGCUUAAAUGGACUUGCGACGGUGCUGGUCUCUUGACAGGAUCCGAAGAUGCAAGGAUUCUUGUGUGGAGUCUUGCAGGUCUGCUGGCUCCGCACGACCAGACCAGCUCUUCCAUCACCAGCUCGGAACACAACCCAGCACCAUACUGCACACUCGCCGACCACAAUCUGGCCAUAACCGACCUUGACAUCUCGAGCGGCCGCUUUCCGCACCAAGCCAUGGUGCUCUCGAGCUCUAGCGAUGCGAGCGUUAAACUCUGGGACCUCCGCACUAGGAGCCUUCUGAGCACCUUUGUCUUCGAACAGCCCAUUCACAGGGUUGUCUUAGAUUGCACCGAGCGCUUCUUCUUUGCAGCCACCGCACCGACCUCUUCAGACAACCUCGUCUACCGUAUCGACCUCUUUCGCAAGCGCGACGCGUCUAGCAGGAUGGUCGAAACCAAGCAAGCUACUACAGGCUCUCAAUUCGAUUUUGUUACCGACGAGCUCAGAGGUGCAUCCUCUGUCGAGGCACAUGGCUUUGGCUCGGCCGCUGGACCGACAACAGAACGCAUUCCGUCGGCGAGAGAUGUGGCGCAUCGAGCAGAAUCCAAUGGAUCCAGCAUCAUCUCGAUUCGUGAACCCAUCUCCAGCAUGUGUCUGUCCACCAACUCUACCUCGCUUCUAGUUGGAAGUGUUGCCGGCAAUCUGUUUGUGAUCGACGUGUCCAACUCUCAGGUUGUUCGCACAGUGUCGCUGCUCGGAAACGCAAAGGUCAGCGCUAUUUCCGAUAAGAAUGCCGUCACCAAUUUGAUGGUUCUUCCCAAGCCUCGCGAUCUGCUCGGACAUUGGGAGACUCUUUCCUCAUCAGGUACAGGGUCUUCCAUGAGUGGUUCAGGCGGAGUGGGUGGUGCUGGCGCUCCUGUCGGCAUCCCUGUUCGACCGAUUGCCUCGAGUUUCGGCCAUCAUGUCCUUGCGUCAGAAGAGGACCGACUGUCGAAACCAUAUCUCACGCGCAUCUCGGGUAACAAGACGACCUUGGCUUUCGAUGAGCACAACGUCGACAGUUUCAUCGAUCCCGAAUGGGACAGCCAUCUCGUAUCGAGCGAGCUUCUCGGCAGAUCCACAUCGGCCUUACUUUCGCCCUCCCAAACCCAAUCGGGAGCUCCGCCAAGCACGUCCGCAAUCCACGCACAGGCCGCGCUAGAGGCAGAAAGACUCCAACGAGAGAACAAACUGCUGCGCUCGCAAUUGCAUCAAGCCAAAGCAAUCAACGACGAGAUGUGGUCUCGCCUCGUACAGGAUCGUCUCUCAGUCAACCAGGUCGAUAGCGAAUGA